UCACUGCUUUCUUGACGAGCUCCAUAGCUUUCGAGACAUUGGACUUGAGAGCCAAAAGGUUGCGUCGGGGAGCUCGAGAAUGGAUGCUGGUUGUUUCAGUCGGAGAUAACGGUGUUUCGUAUGCGGCUGCUUAGGGAGGCUGGCAAGUGCUUUUGGAGAUCUGCACUACGUCAGACCAGCCACGCGCUUGCUGCGUGUGCCAUGAUCUGAAUUAUCACUUUCACGCGACUUGCGGGCCAUUGAUGACGGUGGACCUCACAUUUGGGUAUGGGGAGAUUAGAUGCCUCGAAGAGAUGAGAGCGACUCACAAUGUAAGUCCGCGAUUGGAGUUGCAGGACCGAGGACGAGGUGACGCCUUCCUGCUCAAGUCAGUUCAAGAAAGGUAGGAAAAACAAGGCAGGGCACAAGAAGAUUCGCGUGAAGUUACGUACAUGGGCAUUUCCUCUGCCCAUCAUUCCUUCCCCUUACACCUCUCCCUACACGAAUACAUAAGCGACAAUGACGGCUAGAAUAGACGCGGGCGAACCUUUUCUCAAACACCUCAACGUCAGCAAAACACCUUUUAUCUUCCUCACAGCCGAGACGGACGACUUUGACGAAGAGACCAUUGCUGCAUGGCAGGGAGAAGGCUUUGUCACGACAUAUAUCCCGUAUGGCGAUGGAGGGCGAGAAUACGUGGAUAGGAUGCAUGCAGCUCCAGACCAGGUGGUGGGAUUGAACGAUCAGUACGCCAUAGUAGCAUUCGGCGAUGCUGCGAGUACUUGCCUUGAAGCCUACGUAAAAUCUACACCACGUCUAGCCGCCCUAGUCGCAUACUAUCCCUCCCGUAUCCCGGACCCGCAACAAACGCGAUAUCCCAUGCACACCACCGUACUCGUCCAUCUCACAGGCAAUGAGAUGAAAGUUAUCCGAACGCCAGAAGUGCUGGGUAUACAGGGCAAGAAGAGAAUCAUCACAAAGAGAAUAGGAGAUGGAUUAGGUUUGGGUGGAGAGUUGAAGUUGAGCUUCCAGGCAUACAAGUAUCCAAAUGUAGAAUCUGGGUUUGCAGAAAGCGAUCUCGAUGAAUUCGACGCUGCUGCUGCUGGUGUCGCUUGGAGUAGAAGUCUGGGGGUUGUAAGGAAGGCUUUACGCCUGGCCUCUGACAUCGAGAGAGUAAGAGACGAGCAUCUAGAGAACACACGAAAAGGCAACAUACAAAAAGCCCUCUCCAUCACAAGCUCCAACCCAGCAAUCCUCCACACACCCACCCUAACCGGCGGCUUCCACCCCGAAGACAUCUCCGACUUUUACACCGAAUUCUUCCAACCCUGCCCCUCCUCUCUAAACGCAAAACUCCUUUCCCGCACAGUCGGCGUAGAUCGCGUAAUCGACGAACUCUCUCUCUCCUUCAACCACAACAAAGUAAUCCCCUGGUUACUCCCUGGUAUCCCUGCCACCAAUCGACGUAUAGAAGUAGUGGUGGUAAGCAUUGUGUGUAUCAAAGCUGGGAAAUUGGAGACGGAAAAGUUGUAUUGGGAUCAGGCUAGUGUGUUGAUGCAGGUGGGAUUGUUGGAUCCGAAAGUUGUGCCUGAGAAGUUCAAGGAGAAGGGGGUAAAGCAGUUGCCCGUCAUUGGGGCUGAAAGUGCGAGAGCGGCUGUUAGAGAAGGGAGUAGAAGGAUUAAUGAGUUGAUUGAGGAUUGGUGAGAGUUUUGAUGUCUAAAUGAAGCUACGGCUUUCGAUGUCUUGUAAUGUGUUGUAGAUAGACUAUGCUUAGACAUGAUGUAUCCUUGAAUGCCUACACGGUCAUGCCCGUACUGGUGAUCGCCAACUCUGUUC